CCACUCAACUUUGAAAAUUCUAUUUUCAUUAUUAGAAGAAUAGAAAAUACGGGUCCCACCCCCAUGAUUACCAUUGUUGGAGACGAUCUCUCCAAGAAUCGUUCAAUCUUAAGAAACUUCGUCUGGGAAAUAGUCAAUCAUAUGUUCCAUUUUCUGUCCUGAACACUAUAAAUUAGUCCUGACGGGUCACAGCAUGCCGGAAAUUAGUUAAGAAAUCAUCACCUGAAUUUGCAGAGAGUUGUGGAAAAGAUGAAGGACCCUUCUGUUGCACGACUUCUGUUCUUCCUCAUCAAUCUUCAUCUCUCAGUUUCACUUGGCCAGCGCCAGGUGUACAUCGUUCACAUUGGAUAUCAGAGUGCAGGAAGAACACUGGUUGAGAUUGAAGACGAUCAUUUCUCGUACCUAACAUCUGUUAAGAACUCGGAAGAGGAAGCAAAAGCUUCACUUCUGUACAGUUACAAGAACAUCAUCAAUGGCUUCUCUGCACUGCUCACUCCUGAUGAAGCUGAGAAGUUAUCCGACAUGGAUGGAGUUGUUUCAGUAAUCAAAAGUGAGCCCACAAGCUACAGGACUCAAACUACGAGGUCAUGGGAAUUCACUGACUUACUUGCACGAGGGAAUUCCGGGUUUAUCAAUGGAGACGACGCAUCACUGUCCAAUUAUCGGAAAGAUGUUAUAGUUGGAGUGCUGGAUACUGGUGUAUGGCCCGAGUCACAAAGUUUUAGUGAUCAAGGAAUGGAUCCCGUUCCACAAUCAUGGAAAGGAAUCUGUCAGCCAGGGGUCGGUUUCAAUGCAUCCCACUGUAAUAGAAAGCUGAUUGGAGCCCGAUACUACCUCAAAGGUUACGAGGCACAUUACGGGCCCUUAAAUGAAACCACUGAUUUCCGGUCAGCACGAGACAGGGACGGCCAUGGAACCCACACGGCCUCGACUGUGGCAGGCCGAGAGGUCCCUCACACCACACUUCUGGGAGGGUUCGCCAAUGGCACAGCAGCCGGUGGAGCCCCCAUGGCGAGGCUUGCAAUUUACAAAGUGUGCUGGGCAAUCCCGGGCCAGUCCACAAUUUUUGAGAGCACGUGCCCUGGCGAAGACAUGCUUGCAGCCUUUGACGAUGCUAUUGCCGAUGGGGUUCACGUGAUUAGCAUCUCUAUUGUGCCAUAUCAACUCUCGUCGUACAGAGAGGAUGUAAUCGCGCUUGGCGCCUUUCACGCUGCAAAACAAGACAUUGUGGUAGUGGCGAGCUGUGGGAAUUCAGGGCCCGCCCCAUCUACAGUGAGAAAUGUGGCUCCCUGGAUCAUUUCUGUUGCUGCAAGUAGCAUUGAUCGAGUCUUUAGUUCACCUGUCUUGCUUGGAAAUGGAAUGAAAAUUGAGGGCCAAAGUGUAACCCCUCACAAGUUAAGCAUGAUGCAUCCUCUGAUUUAUGCUGGAGAUGCCGAAAUCCCUGGCACAACCUAUAGCGAAACAUCCGGGCUCUGUCUUUCGGGUACUCUUUCUAAGGAGCUCAUACAAGGAAAGAUAGUUUUGUGCUUAAGAGGAUAUUCUACAAACGUGGAGAAGGGUUUGGAGGUGAGAAGAGCUGGGGGUCUUGGCUUUAUUUUACAAAACCCUGUCGAUGGAAUCUCCAUAUCAGUUGAUGCCCAUGUGCUCCCUGGAACUGCUGUGCUUUCCAAUGAUUCAGCCACUAUUCUAAAUUACAUCAAAUCUAACAAGAACCCGAGAGCAAGAAUCGUUUCUGCCAGAACUGCUUUAGGCAGCAAACCAUCACCUUUCGUGGCCGGUUUUUCCUCCACAGGUCCAAAUGCUCUCGAUCCCAGCAUUCUCAAGCCUGAUAUAACUGCGCCUGGACUGAACAUCUUGGCAGCAUGGAGCGAGGCAACCUCUCCAACAAAAUUGUUCGACGACAACCGGGUAGUUAAAUACAACAUUCUAUCCGGCACUUCCAUGUCCUGCCCCCAUGUGGCCUUAGACCCUGGACUCAUUUACGAUGCAACUUAUACAGACUACCUCCUCUACCUCUGUAACUACAACUCUAGCAAUCCAAGCAUUGAUCCAUCUUUUACUUGCCCUGAUGAAAUUCCCUCGCCGACCGAUCUUAACUAUCCAUCGAUCGCGGUCUCCAAUAUCAGUAGCAGCGGCAUCAGCAUCAAGAGAACAGUAACUAAUGUCGGUGGUGGAGCGAGUGUGUAUAAAGUGAGAGUGGAAGCGCCGGCAGGGUACACGGUGGAGAUUUCGCCGGAUACUAUGAACUUCAGCAGCUUUGGACAAAAGGAGAGCUUCAACAUUUUUAUUAGACCGGGGAGUGCAGGGCUUAGAACUGAUUAUGCAUUUGGUUGGUACACAUGGAGUGACGGGAUUCAUCGUGUAAGAAGUCCAAUUGUUGUUUCAUCACAUUAG